AACCAAAUAGAGAAAGAAAGAAAGAAAGAAAGAAGAGACCAGAGGAAGAGAAAUGGCAAAUCUGUUCAUUAAACAAGCGAAGAUGUAUGUAGAGACUCGGCCGAGUUACCCAACCGAGUUUAUCGAAUUCAUAGCCUCCAAAACCCUAGGCCGCCAUCUCGCCUGGGACGCUGGCACCGGCAACGGCCAGGCGGCAUUCUCCUUAGCGAAGAUAUUCAAAGAUGUAGUGGCAACAGACACAAGCGAGCAGCAACUCUCUUUGGCCCCUAAUCUCCCAAACAUUCGUUACCAACAAACUCCACCCACCAUGUCCAUAGAUGAACUCGAGCGCCAUGUGGCAUCAGAAAGCACCGUUGAUCUGGUGACCAUUGCACAAGCCCUCCAUUGGUUUGACCACCCAAUCUUCUACGAACAAGUGAAACGGGUGCUCAAGAAACCCAAUGGAGUUAUCGCUGGCUGGUGCUAUUCGGAGCCGGAGGUUAACGAUGCCAUGGAUGCCGUCUAUUCAAGGGUCUAUAAAGAGUCAGCACCUUACUGGGCCCCACAACGGAAAUUCGUGGACUAUAGGUACAGGACCAUUGAUUUUCCGUUUGAGCCCGUAGAAGGAGAAGAUCACACGGGUCCGUUUCAAUUUGAAGCGACGAGGUCAAUGGAUUUGGAAUCUUAUUUUACUUACAUAAGAUCAUGGUCAGCAUAUCAGACGGCUGGUAGUAAAGGUGUGGAGCUGUUGAAGGAAGACGUGGUCAAAGAUUUUGAAAGAGCUUGGGGAGAUGAUAGGACAAGCCAGAAGAUAGUGCGAUUCCCAAUUUAUCUGAGGAUUGGGAGGGUAGAAAGGAACCGAGUGAAGAAAGAAUCAUCACGAGCAAGUGAAUUUGUUUCGAAAUAA